AGUAGGAACAGAGCUGAAACGCCUGUAGAGAGAGAAGUAGAUAGAUCUAUUAUGAAGAAGAUGAGUUGAUCUAUGCUGAAGAAGAAGAGUUAGCGAAAGCUCAUCAAGACGAACUAUUUCUUCCGGUGAUCGUCGAGAUCUUUGCUUUCAGACUUGAUCUCAGUACUGUUAGAUUCGCCUUGUGUAAGAUCAACUGUUGUAGCCAAGUUCAGUAUUGUACUACGGUUAUUACCUACUUCUUUGGCUAGUGAAGUAUGUUUGGUCUCGCUUUUGGCCUUCAUUGACUUGAGGAGUUUGGUGUACUUUUGGAAUUGAGAGCGCCUCUGAACGUGCAAUAUUCUGGUUUGCUGGUGGUGUGUGUGUGUAAUUUUGCUUGGGAAAAAUGGCUGCUUUUGGGAACGCUAACACUAAACGCUAUUCUUGGUGGUGGGAUAGUCACAUAAGCCCCAAGAACUCUAAAUGGCUUCAGGAGAAUCUUACAGAUAUGGAUAGUAAAGUGAAGCAAAUGAUCAAAGUUAUUGAAGAAGAUGCAGAUUCCUUCGCUAGGCGAGCAGAAAUGUAUUACAAAAAGCGGCCUGAGCUUAUGAAACUGGUAGAAGAGUUCUAUCGAGCAUAUCGUGCUUUAGCUGAAAGAUAUGAUCAUGCCACCGGCGUCAUUCGUCACGCUCAGCAGACUAUGGCAGAAGCGUUCCCGAAUCAAGACCCCAUGAUGUUCGGUGAGGAGUCACUUGUCGGUUCUUCCACCACCGAAGAGUUUGAUCCACAAACGCCUGAGAGUUAUCCUCCUAUCCGAGCUCCUGUUUACCCUAGUGACUUGCAAAAAGAUGCUUUGGGGAUCUCUUCCUCUCGUAUGAGUACCGUAAAGAGAAAUAUAGCCUUCAUGGAAGAUCCUCAGUCUAACGGGAAGGGUUUCAAAAUUGGAAAGGCAAGAAAAGGGUUGAACUUCAAUGAUGCUGAUGGGAACGGUAGAAAUGCAAAGGUUCUUUCGGAAUCUGAACGUGCUAGCAAAGCUGAAGCUGAGAUUGUGGCUUUAAAAGAUGCUCUUGCGAAAGUGCAGGCUGAGAAGGAAGCUAACUUAGCUCAGUUUGAUCAGAACUUGGAGAGACUAGCUAAUAUGGAGUCUGAGGUAUCUCGUGCGCAAGAAGACUCUAGGUGUCUUAAUGAACGAGCUACAAGAGCUGAAGCUGAGAUUGAAACACUCAGAGAGACUCUCAGAAAGCUUGAGGUUGAGAAGGAAUCUAGUCUUCUUCAGUAUCAGCAGUGUCUAGAAAACAUAGCUGAUUUGGAGGAACGUAUCUCUCUAGCUCAGAAGGAGGCUGGAGAAGUUAAUGAGCGAGCCAGCCAAGCUGAAACUGAAAUUUUAGCAUUGAAGCAAAGCCUUGUUGGAUCAGAAACUGACAAGGAGGCUGCUCUUGUUCAGUAUCAACAAUGCUUGGAAACCAUAUCUAACUUAGAAAAGAGGUUGCGCAAGGCUGAGGAAGAUGCGAGGUUAAUGAACCAGCGGGCAGAAAAUGCUGAUGGUGAAGUUGAAAGCUUAAAGGAAAAGGUCUCUAAAUUGACUCAAGAAAAUGAAGCUUAUGAGUUUCAGUACCAGCAGUGUCUGGAGACGAUUGCAGACCUAAAGCUCAAGCUGUUUCAUGCUCAAGAAGAAACCCAAAGACUUAGCCGUGAAAUAGAGGAUGGGGUUGCUAAGUUAAAAUUUGCAGAGGAAAAAUGCGUUGUGCUUGAGAAAUCAAACCAGAAUCUGCACUCAGAGCUGGAUGGUCUGUUGGAGAAACUUGGGAAUCAAAGUCAUGAGCUCACGGAGAAACAGAAAGAGAUGGGGAAGUUGUGGACUACUGUACAAGAAGAACACUUGCGUUUCAUGGAGGCUGAGACUGCUUUUCAAACCCUGCAACAUUUGCACUCUCAGUCUCAGAAGGAGCUAAACACUUUGGCAUUGGAACUUCAAAACAGGUCUCAGAUCCUGAAAGAUAUGGAGGCCCGUAACAGUGGUUUAUUAAAGGAAGUCCAAGAAGCCAAAGACGAGAAUAAAAUCCUUGAUGAGCUCAAUCUCGCUUCAGCUGCGUCCAUUAACAGUUUGCAGGAGGAAGUUUCAAGAUUACGGGAGACAAUACAGAAACUUGAAGCAGAAGUUGAACUGAGAGUGGACCAGAGGAAUGCUUUGCAGCAAGAGAUAUACUGUCUUAAAGAGGAAUUAAGCCAGAUGGGAAAGAAACACCAGUCCAUGAUAGAACAGGUGGUGUUGGUUGGUUUACAUCCAGAGGACUUUGGAUCUUCUAUCAAGGAAUUGCAAGAGGAGAACUCAAAGCUAAAGGAAAUAAAGGAAAGAGAAAGUAUAGAAAAGAUGGCCUUGCUUGAGAAGUUAGAAUUGAUGAAAGAGCUUGUUCAGAAAAAUCUUCUUCUGGAGAACUCUAUAUCAAAUUUGAAUUCUGAGCUGGAAACAAUAAGAGGAAAGCUGAAGACAUUGGAGGAAGCUUGUAUGUCACUUGCAGAAGAGAAAUCAGGGCUUCAUUCUGAGAAGGAAAUGUUGAUUUCCCGUUUGCAGAGUGCUACAGAAAACAGCAAGAAACUCUCUGAGGAGAACAAGUUACUGGAUAACUCUCUUUUUGAUGCAAAUGCAGAACUUGAAGAACUCAAGUCAAAACUGAAAAGCCUAGAAGACUCAUGCCACAUGCUGAAUGAUGACAAGUCUAGUUUAGUUAAUGAAAGGGAAAGCUUACUCGCUCAUAUGGAUAUAAUGAGGAAAAACAUUGAAGAUCUGGAGAAAGAACAGGCAGAGUUAAAAGUGAAAGUGUUGGAAUUAGAUACCGAGAGGGAAUCUUGCCUUCAGAAAAUUAAAGAGCUGGGAGUGUCUCUAGAUACCAAGGACCGUGACUAUGCUAGUUUUGUGCAACUGUCUGAGAGUCAUAUGAAUGGCAUGAAAUCAAAGAUCUAUCAUCUUCAAGAUGAAAAUCAACGCAAGGAGAAAGAGUAUCAAGAGGAACUUGAUAAAGCUCAUGACGCUCAGGUUGAGAUUAUUGUUCUUCAGAAAUGUUUGCAGGACUGGCUUGAGAAGAGUUCAUCUCUCGUUGAUGAGAAUCAGAAUCUCAAACAAGCUGCUCAUCUGUUGGAGAAGCUAGUUUCUGAACUAGAACAAGAAAAUAUUGGGAAACAAGUGCAAAUUGAUUCCUAUAUUAACUGCAUUAAAGUACUGAGAACAGGGAUCUACCAGGUAUUAAUGAAGCUUGAAGUUAUACCAGGUGUAGAUUCCGGUGAUGAGAAUUCGCAAGACCAGAAAAAUAUGCAUGAGAUAUUGAGUAGACUUGAUGAGAUGCAAACUAUGCUUUUAAAGAUUCAGGGAGAAAACCAUCAGGGCACUAUUGAGAACCUCGUCCUAGUUGAAUUUAUUCGGCAACUGAAAUCAGAAGCUGUUAGUAUUGCAACAUGGAAGAAUAUUCUUGAAGAAGAGAAUGAAUCUCAGCGUUCCCAGCUCUUGCUUUUGCAGGAUGAGAUCCAGAAACUUAUCUGCAUAAAUGGAGAACUUACCACAAAGGUUAAUCAAGGAGUUGACAGAGAAGAUGUGUUGAAGGUGGAAAUUGAGGAUUUGCACAGGCAGUCAGCUAUUGAGAACUUUGUCUUUGUUGAAUUCCUUCAUCAACUUAAAUCAGAAGCUGUUGGUAUUGCAAGUGAGAAGAAAAAUCUUGAGGAAGAACUUGAAUCUAAGAGUUACCAGCUAUCGUUUUUGCUGGAUGAGGCCAAGAACCUUAGCCACAUGAUUGAAGAAUUGAAUACAAAAGUUAAUCAAGGAGUCGACAGAGAAGAAGUCUUGAAGUUGGAAGUUGAUGAUUUGCAUAGGCAGUAUGCCAUUGAGAACCUCGUCCUUGUUGAAUUUCUUCGGUCACAAGCUGUUGGUAUUGCAACUGAGAAGAGAACCCUUGAGGAAGAACUUCAGUCUCAGCUUUACCUGCUCUCGGUUUCGCAGGAUGAGACCAAAAUACUUGGCCACAUGAUUGAGGAUUUGACUACAAAAGUUAAUCAAGGAGUCAACAAAGAAGAAGUCUUGAAGGUUGAAAAUGAGGAUUUGCACAUGCAGUCUGCGAUUAACAACCUCGUCCUUGUUGAAUAUCUACGUCAACUCAAAUCAGAAGCUGCUAGUAUAGCAGCUGAGAAGCAAGCCGUUGAGGAAGAACUUGAAUCUGAGCGUUACCAGCUAUCGUUUUCGCGGGAUGAGGCCAAGAACCUUAUCUACAAGAUUGGAGAACUGACCACAAAAGUCAGUCAAGGAGUAAACAGAGAAGAAAUCUUGCAGGUUGAGAUUGAGGAUUUGCACAUGCAGUCUGCUAUUGAGAACCUCGUCCUUGUUGAAUCUCUUUGUCAAAUCAAAUCAGAAGCGGUUUGUAUUGCAACUGAGAAAGUUUUCCUUGAAGAAGAACUUGAAUGUCAGCGUUCCAAGCUCUCACUUUCUCGGGAUGAGGCUCAGAAACUUAUCUACAUGAAUGGAGAAUUAAACUCAAAAGUUAAUCAAGGAGUCAACAGAGAGGAAGCAUUGAAAGUGGAAAUUGAGGAUCUGCACAGGCAAGUCUUGCAACUUCGAAAUGACUACACCAUUUUGCAGGGAGAGAACUACAAAACGUUGGACGAGAAAAGAUACUUGACAAAGUCAACACUACGGUUAGAGGAGGAGAAACGUAAACUAGAAGAGGAUAUAUCUUUUCUUCUUUCCGAAACUAUAUACCAAAGCAAUCUCAUUCUUCUUUUGGAGGAUGUCGUUUUGGGAAAACUUUCAGAAGCUGUGAAACUAAACGAGGAUUUAGACAGGCUCAGUUUUGCCAAGUGUAAGCUCGAGGAAGAGGUAAGGGAGGUUGGUGAUAAGUUAAAAUCUAGAGAAACUGAGAACUUGCAGCUUGAAGGUUUGCUAGAGGAAACGGAGGCUGAACUACUCUCUGCCAGAUCAGCCAAUGAUCACUUGGGACAUGAAAUUGCUAAUGUGAAGGAUCAGUUGGUUCAGAAGGAGAAGGAACUCGUAGAAGCUAUGCUGAUGAUCUCCAUCGUGCAGAGUGAAAAAUCUGAGCUAUCCAAGGAAGUGGAGGAUUUAGAAUGUAGAUACAAGGAAACUAAAGCUAUAGAAGAAGAUAAAGAUAAGCAGAUUCUGAAACUCCGUGGAGAUUACGAUGAGCAGGUUAAGAAGACUGGUCAUGUAAACGAAGCUAAUAUGAAACUGGAAGCUGACUUGUUGAACUUACUCAUCGAACUCAAAGGAAUCAAAGUGGAGACGGAAAAACUGAACCAGGAGCUUUCCAAAGAGAAGAAUGAGGUGGAACAAUGGGAGUCUCAAGCUUCAACAUUGUUUGGAGAUUUGCAGGUUUCAGUUGUUAAUGAAACGUUCCUGAAAGGAUUGACUUAUGAGCUAGCAGAAGCCUACAAUAACCUUGAAAAUAGAAGCACAUUAAAAGACGUGGAGAUUGACCAGCUGAACCAGAAGCUUUCCAAAGAGAAGAACGAGGUUGAGCUAUGGGAGUCUCAAGCGUCAACGUUGUUUGCAGAUUUGCAGAUUUUAUCUGUGCAUAAAACAUUGCUGGAAGGGUUGAUCCAUGAGCUAGCGGAAGCCUGCAAGAGCCUUGAGAAAAGAAGCACAUACAAGGACGUGGAGAUUGACCAGCUUAAAGAAAGAGUGAACAACUUAGAGGAUGCAAACAAAGGACAAGAAGAUCUUAUGAGCAAAUACUUCCAAGCUAUUAUCUUGUUGAAGGAGAGCAUACAAUCUCUGGAAAAACAUAUUGCCAUGCCACAUGAACUCGUGGAUGAACCAACCAAGGACACUGCUUCUAUGGUGGAUAUCAACGAGGGAUCCUUAGAGUUGCAUGAUAUGUGCUUGAGGAUCAAAGCUAUGGAAGAGGCCUUAACCAAGAAGCUUGCAACGGAAGAACUAAAAACAUCUGCCAGAAGAAGCAGGAGGAGAAGCGGAAGUCUACGGAAACAGAACCAUGAAAUCUAUUCACAGGAAAGUGAAAUGAUCACAAAAGAUAUCGUACUUGACCAGGUCUCUGAUUGCUCAUCAUAUGGGAUCAGCAAAAGAGACAUUCUGAAGAUAGAAGAUGAUCACAGUUUUGAAGUAAACCCACAAAGUCUUCACACAGGUAACUCUUUGUCUGAAGAGUCACUGGUUGUGGAUAAACUAGAGAUCUCUGACAGAUUCACUGACCCAAACAAAGAAGUAAACAAAAGGAAAGUUCUCGAGAGACUUCAUUCUGAUCUACAGAAGCUCUCGAAUCUUCACAUAGCCGUAGAAGAUUUGAAAACCAAAGUGGAGAAAGAGGAGAGAAGUGAGAAAGGAAAAGAAGACGAAUACGAAACAGUCAAGGCACAGAUCCAUGAAGCAGAGGAAGCCUUGGAGAAACUUCUAACCGUCAACAGGAAGCUGGUGACAAAAGUGGUAAGCGGGUUUGAGAUAACAGAUGGAAGCAAGUCAUCAGUGGAUCUUGAUGAGGAUGAAAGAAGCAGAAGGAGACGAAUAUCAGAACAAGCGAGAAGAGGAUCAGAGAAGAUUGGGAGGUUGCAGUUUGAGAUACAGAGGUUACAGCAUUUGUUACUAAAGUUAGAAGGAGAAAGAGAGGAACGAGUAAAAGCUAAGACGUCAUCGAAUAGUAAAACGAGGACUCUUCUCAAGGAUUAUAUCUAUGGAGGAGUGAAAGGUGAGCGAAGGAAGAGGAUUAAGAAGCGGUUUGCGUUUUGUGGGUGUGUACAACAACCACCUUCAUCUCCUUGAUCGUUUUUUUUAAAACUAGUUGUUGUUGUGGAGUAAACGUAAUAAUAAUCAUGUCAAGUUUUAUAUACAUGAAUCAAAAACAAACACACCUUUGGUAAUAUUAGAGUAUUUUUACAUGUUUGAAAGACAUGAUAAUGUACAAUCAGUUAACUCUCGGCAGCUCUGAAAAUGGUGAGGAGAGACAAGAAGAGGUUAAUGAUGUCCAAGUAGAGCGACACUGCUGCCCAGAUGUACUCAUCGUAACUGUAACGUUUGAUGAGAUUGUCUGUGUCGUACACUAUGUAGCCACAGAAUAUUAUCGAUGCCAAGCAACCGUAGAUCAUCACUGAGAUCUUACCCAACGGGAAAAAAAUCUGCAUAACAUUGGAACAAAGAUCAAGCUCGUAUAUUCAACCAAAUGUAUAACCAAGUGUAAUAGGAAAGACAUGUGUGGUAUGUUGUUUACCUGAAUAAGGGCAAAGACCAUGAGAACAAUGAUAGCACCAAACAAGAAGGGACCGAGGAAGUUAAAGUCAUAUCCUUUCUUUGCAGCCCAGAAAGUGUAGAAGGUUAAGGAAAGCACCACUACUGUUGUUAGAAUCGCUGACUCAAGAAUCACUUUCCCUGUUUCAAACAACAAAGUUACAGUAACCAUUUACAUCUCUGUUUUUUUUGUUAUAUUGUAAUUAUGUUAAGAAAAAUCUAAGGCUUGUACUAAAGACUAUUCAUAACGUGUUAUUGAGUACUGAGAAAGUAAGGAAAAGACAUCUCAGAUAUGUGUUGGAGACUUAAUGUAAUUUUAAUCAUUAGCGUGUUGUCUAAGCAGAGUCCCUUGAAAGACAAGAAACGAAUAAAAGAAUAGAGUGUGACACAAGUAAUUACCACUGGUGAAUGCACAUGAUAACCCAACGGCGAAAGCAAGAGCCACCGUGAAAAUCCCAAGAAGCAAGUAGUUCACCGGAUGUUUCUGGUGGUAAUAGUACAAAGGACACAACACUGCAAUAACAACAUAAACAAAAAAACAGUUUCAGACACAAACUCAAACGAACAGACCAAAACAAACGUUAAACUAACAAAGCUUUUACCUAGAAGAGGCGUGAUGAUUAA